CACCUUAUAAAAAUUUUGAACAUGUACAUUUGUCAAAAAGAGUGACUCUUAAUGGAUCAAACAGUACACUUUAAGCCCAAUAUUAAGAAAACAUGCCUCCACGAGUGCGUGUAUGAUGUUACAUUGGUCAAACGGUGUAUGUAAUAUUUUUUGAGUAAUAAUCCUAUAUUGAGUAUGGCUUUAACUUAUACUCCACCUCUGCCUUUAUGCAGUUUUAACCACUCAUUUUCAAUAUAAUUUAGUUUGGUCACCAAAUAUUCUUAUCAAUAGGGCCGAUCCAGAGUGCGUAAAGAGGAUGCUGGAGAAAGUUGACAUGGAAGAUGAUACACCUCUACAUCAUGCUGCAAGAGGUGAGCAUGCACAUGUUAUAAAGUUGUUGCUAGAUUCUGGGGCUUCUCCUACUAAGAAAAAUUCAUUUGGCAAGAUCCCCAGUGAGCUUGUUGAAUCUGAUUCUGAAGCUAUCAAAGUCUUUGAAAUGGCUGCAAAUGCAAUGGCUACCUGCUGAGUUUUUUGUUUGUUUGUUUGCGGAAUAUAAUAGCACGAGCACGGCUUCUUCUUUAUCUUCUUUUUUGAAAUAUUGACCAGAAGAUUCUCACCACCAUCUAUUUCCCCAGAUGCUAAUGGAAGUAUGCCUAGAAGGAAGGCACUGACAUUGUUUUAGGAUGGCCUUUCCCAUGAGUUAGCUUUUUAAGCCAAUAAUUCCAGUCUCCUUCUAAUGAAAGAAAUCUGUGGUG